AUGGAGCAGCUGGAACUGAGAAGAUGCCUUCAGUGUUUGACAAAGAACCUUUCCAGAUAUGCUGCAGAUAUUAAGUCAUUGCCACCCAACAUAAAGGAUAAACUGAUUAAAUUAAUGAGUAGGCAAGGGCAAAUAACAGAUUCAAAUAUCAGUGAGGUACUGCACCCUGCUGUGGAGUCUCUAGACCUCCGAGACUGUGAUAUUUCAGAUAAUGCAUUAUUGCAGCUUUAUAACUGCAAGCAGCUGAAAAAAAUCAACUUAAAUUCUUGCAAGGAAAACAGAUUUGGAAUCACUUCAGAAGGUGUCAUAGCACUGGCCUUGUCCUGCCCUUACUUGUGUGAAGCAUCUUUCAAAAGGUGCUGUGAUAUCACUGACAGUGGAGUUCUUGCUCUUGCACUCAACUGCCAGUUCCUGCAAAUUGUGAACUUAGGCAGCUGUUCAGGCAUCAUGGAUGCAUCUCUGCAGGCACUUGGAAAAAACUGCAAAUUUCUUCACAGUGUGGACUUUUCAUCUACUCAGGUAACAGACGAUGGUGUUGUGGCACUAGUGAGUGGGACAUGUUCAAAGAACUUAAAGGAGAUCCACAUGGAGCGCUGUGUCCACCUGACUGAUGUUGCUGUGGAAGCAGUCCUUACCUCUUGUCCCAAGAUCCACAUUUUUCUGUUCCAUGGAUGCCCACUGAUAACAGAUCGUUCCCGAGAUGUUUUAGAACAGCUAGUCAUAUCCAACAAAAUCAAGCAAGUAACAUGGACUGUUUACUGA